AUAUUUGUAUUUAUUUUUUUGUCACGGAAUUACUGUUGAUAAGGGCGAGGCGAGGGCAUGUUAAACACUAAAUACCAACUAAUUCCGACUGACGAGCAUUUGCCCAAGGAGAAGAGCUCUGCAACAUGGAUAGUGAAGUUAGCCCUAAUAUUUGUGGGGCUCUUUACUCUUGCUUUCUACACUUGGAGUCCCGUAUUAGUUCAACCAGAGCCCUGUACGUUCACUACUCCAAGAGCGAAUGAGGCGUUAGCAAAGUGGGAAGCGAAUUGUACAACCUCUGUCUUUGAACAGUCUACCACCGAAAACGAACACUCAACCACGACCAAUGAACAGUCAACCACGAACUUAGUCUUGGGACAGCAAUUGACAGCAAGGACCACCAAAGCAUCAAAGUCCGAGGAAAAAAACAAUAGAUUCUUUGUGAAUACGCCUCAGUGUCAAAUGCCCUAUCCAAACCCCUUCUCCAGAAAUAUUUUAAAUGUGUACCACAGGAAACGCUAUGUAGUGUGUGAUAAGAGACCGGACAUGCUGAAAGUCAACUACAAUGAAAAAGAUCGGACCUACGAACUGCACAUGAACAAUGCCAAUUUAACAUGUUGCUACAAGCAGAUCUUGAGAGCAGGAGUUCGGACAGAAGCUGACUCUCAGUACAAGCUGCUUCCAUGCGUUACGUUCCCCCAGGAUUUUGUGGUACCCAACCACGUGGAGGCAGUGAUCACUGAAUGUCGUCGGCCAAACAGUUCAAAAGUCCUGCAAGAGGAUGGUUUUAGUUUUGUGCAUCCACGAAAGCCAGACCCAGACCCCACGCCUUCAUCGCCUGCUGAUGGAGGUGCGGAGAGAAGGCCCAGCGUCCUGCUCUGGGGCAUAGACUCGCUUUCACGCAUGAACUUUGAGCUAACCAUGCCAUUGACGUUCAAGUAUUUCCGGAAACAGCCGUGGUACGAGCUGCAGGGUUAUAACAAGAUGGGCGACAAUACCUUUCCCAAUCUGAUGGCCGUCCUCACGGGGUUCAACCAAACCCGAUCAUAUUCUAAGUGCCGACCAACCGCAGUGGGUGGGCUGGAUGCCUGUCCCAUGAUCUGGAAGAGCUUCAGGGCGAAAGGCUACGCGACCGCCUAUGCCGAGGACUGGAGUAGUAUAUCGACAUUCGAUUAUCUGAAGAUGGGUUUUCGCACGCCUCCCACGGAUGUGUAUGGACGCCCGAUGAUCCUGGCCCUGGAGAAGGAACUAACGAAGAGGGUUAUAAAGAACGUACCAUACUGCUUGGGCCGAAGGUCUGCCGCUGAGUACAUCUACGACAUGGCCGAGCAGUUUACAGAGGUUCACAAGGAUCGUAAGUUCUUUGGCAUGUUUUGGACCAACUCUUUCAGCCACAACGACUUUUCCAUGCCCUCCGCCAUGGAUGCCAGAAUGGUCAAGUAUAUGCGCACACUCGACCACAACGGGAUCAUGAACAACACCAUUGUCAUCUUCUUCAGCGAUCAUGGCAGUCGAUUCGGGGUGCUGCGCAAGUUAGACAGCGGUUUUCUAGAGGAGCGGCUGCCGGUUAUUUACAUGCGUAUCCCCAAAUGGAUCCGAGACAAGUAUCCGGAGUUCUUGCACAGCUUGAAGGCAAACAAGAACCGGCUGACUUCGCCCUACGACAUUCAUGCCACACUCAAGCACAUCUUGGAACUGGACACACCCGCGGAACAGUUGCCACGACCCGAGGGGUGUCCCACCUGUCACAGCGUCUUCGAGGCGGUGUCCUUGUCCAGAAACUGUUCCCUCGCAGGCAUCGACGACCAUUGGUGCGGUUGUGUCGGCUUCACGGUUCCCGCUACAGAUCCAAUGGCCAGGACGAUAGCUGAGCAGAUAGUGGAGGCCAUAAACAAAUUUCUGACUGGCCUGAAAGGCACGCAAAAGUGUCAAACUCUGAAACUUGCCAAAAUAUCGUCCCUUCACAGGAAAGGUAAUUCAAAUACCUAUCUGGUAGGGCUAUCCAUUUCCCCCGGCGAUGGUUUCCUCGAGGCCUCUGCCCAGUGGAACCCCAAGACCGAAACAAUCUCCACUACGGUAAGCAGCAUUAGUCGGCUGGACUCCUAUGCGACACAGUCGCAGUGCGUUCGUGCGGAGGAAGCAAAGAAGUUUUGUGUCUGCAAAAAAUAAUCGGGUUCGAUCAGCACCGGGCAACCGCAGGAGCACAGCACAAAAGGAACCACAGUUCUGUAUCUGUUCGGCAUCUCGUGGCCAUUGUUCCGGUCUCUCAGGGCAGAGCUGCCUCUGUCUAUCGUUAGAGACGAUCUCCUGGUGAAUGGUUUGGUAUCUGCCAACUGUUUCCGCAACUAAUUUCGGUAUCGUGAUUGUGCAAAGAGCAAAUUAGUUGACAAUUACAUGACAAUUGGCUUGGAUACUCUCGGAUAAUUGUCACUUGACAAUUACCAUGAUCAGAUUGUUCGGGGGAUGCGCAAACUA